CCCCGGCCGGCCCGAGCAGCAGAGGCGGCGGUGGAGGCGGCACCGGCAGGAUGAGCGGAUCACAGAGCAAUGAUACCAAAAGACAGUUUCUACUAGAACGGCUGCUGGAUGCUGUUAAACAGUGCCAGAUCCGCUUUGGAGGGAGAAAGGAAAUAGCAUCAGAUUCUGAUAGCAGAGUGACUUGUCUGUGUGCCCAGUUUGAAUCUGUGUUACAGCAUGGCUUGAAGAGGAGUCGGGGAUUAGCAUUAACGGCAGCAGCAAUCAAACAGGCAGCAGGAUUCUCUAGCAAGACAGAGACAGAGCCUGUAUUUUGGUACUAUGUGAAGGAAGUCCUGAAUAAGCAUGAACUACAGCGCUUCUACUCUCUGAGAAACAUCAGCACUGAUGUGGGAAGAGGGCGAGCUUGGCUGCGUUGUGCCCUCAACGAACACUCCUUGGAGCGCUACAUCCACAUGCUACUGGCUGACAAAAUUAGAUUGAGCAUUUUCUAUGAAGACUGGGCGUUUGUGAUGGAUGAAGAACGGUCUAGCAUGCUCCCUACCAUGGCAGCUGGUCUGAAUUCUAUACUCUUUGCGAUCAAUAUCGACAACAAGGACCUGAAUGGGCAGAGUAAGUACACUCCAACUGUCUCUGACCUCCUAAAGGAAUCUACUCAAAAUGUGACCUCCUUGCUGAAGGAAUCCACCCAAGGUGUGAGCAGUCUUCUUCGAGAGAUCACAGCAUCUACUGCUGUCUCCAUCCUAAUCAAACCAGAUCAGGAAUCUGACCCUUUACCAGUUGUAUCCAGGAAUGUCAAUGCUGAUGUAAAAUGUAAAAAGGAUAGGAAAAAGAAAAAGAAGGUAACUAAUAUAAUUUCAUUUGAUGAUGAGGAAGAUGAGCAAAACUUUGGGGACAUUUUUAAAAAGACAGGUGGAACAGGAGAAAGCUCAGAAGAGAAUUCAGAUCGAUCAUCAGUUAAUAUCAUGUCCACUUUUGAAAGUCCCUUUGGACCAAAUUCUAAUGGAAGCCAGAGUAGCAACUCGUGGAAAAUUGAUUCUAUGUCUUUUAAUGGGGAAUAUGGAUAUCAGAAGCUGGAUGUGAAGAGUAUUGAUGAUGAAGAUAUUGAUGAAAAUGAAGAUGAAGUUUAUGGAAAACCAGUUGGGCAAAAAAGCAUGGAAGAUCACACGGAGGUUUCUGAGAAGCCCCUGGAUGGCAACACCUGCCUUUCACAGAUGCACAGCUGGGCUCCCCUGCAGGUGCUUCAUGGUGAUUCUGAUGUCCUUUUUCCUCUCAGUGGAGUGGGAUCUUAUGCCCCAGCAGAUGCCAACUUAAAUAACCUGGAGAAUGGCAGUGGACCCCAGAGCAGCAUUCUUACUGGGCCUGAACUUCAAUACAGUGUGGAAGCCAGUCCUCCAGUCCAAGGGAGCCCUUUAGACAGCCUCUUGCCUUCCACACCUGUGCCAGAAUCAAUGACCAUUAAUGAACUGCGUCAAGCUAUUGUGGCUAUGAUGAACAGAAAGGAUGAAUUGGAAGAAGAAAACAGAUCAUUGAGGAACCUGCUUGAUGGCGAGAUGGAACACUCUGCAGUGCUCAGGCAAGAAAUUGACAACUUGAAACGAAAAGUGUCAGAACAGGAAGAGCGACAUGUCGCAAAGAUCCAGGCAUUGGCAAGAGAAAAUGAAGUACUGAAAGUACAACUAAAGAAGUAUGUGGGAGCUGUCCAGAUGCUGAAAAGAGAAGGACAAACUGCUGAAGUUGUGCCAAACCUUUGGAACACUGAUGGAGAAGUUACCGUCCCGGAGCAAAAGCCUGUAGAAGUCAGUGAGGAACUUGCAAGCUCCUAUGAAAGAAAGCUCAUAGAGGUGGCAGAAAUGCAUGGAGAACUUAUUGAGUUCAAUGAGCGACUACACCGAGCUCUGAUUGCUAAGGAAGCUCUUGUAUCCCAGAUGAGACAGGAACUCAUUGAUCUUCGAGGACCAGUGCCUGGAGAUUUGAGUCAAACAUCUGAAGACCAAAGUUUGUCAGAUUUUGAAAUAUCAAACCGAGCUCUGAUAAAUGUCUGGAUUCCCUCUGUUUUUCUUCGGGGGAAGGCUGCUAAUGCAUUCCAUGUAUAUCAGGUCUAUAUCAGGAUAAAGGAUGAUGAGUGGAAUGUAUAUAGAAGAUAUGCCGAAUUCAGGAGUUUGCAUCACAAGUUACAGAACAAAUAUCCUCAAGUGAGGGCCUACAGUUUCCCACCUAAAAAGGCCAUUGGAAAUAAGGAUGCCAAGUUUGUAGAGGAGAGACGAAAACAACUACAGAAUUACUUAAGAAAUGUUAUGAACAAAAUAAUCCAGGCUGUCCCAGAGUUUGCAUCCAAUCCCAAAAAAGAGACUCUUAUUCAAUUGAUGCCAUUUUUCAUUGACAUUACGCCUCCUGGAGAACCAGUAAGCAAAAACAGUCGGACCAGAGUGGCAUCCCGCUUCCCCAAGUUAUCCCGGAACCAUCCAAGGGAGCCUCGCAAUGUGGAACCGCAGAGUGGGGACCUCUGAUCCUUUUGCAAGCUCCCAGAUGCUGGUGCUCUGUACUUUUCAAACUGGCCCAGUGCUUCUGACCUGUCUGAGGCAGCUGGCUCCUUAGCCUCAGAGGAAAAAUCAGUCAUGCUACAUUAACCCUGGAAAAAGGACACCAUCCACACCAUGGUUUCUCACUCUGAUUAAACAGGUCACCCAGAAGGCAGCAUGUGCUCAUUGUCCUAAAGAAAAAGGCUCCUCACCUGGAAAUGCAGUAGCAUGGUAACUGAUUUCCCCUUGGCCGCUGCCUUUUUGCAUUCAAAUUUUCCUAACUGUGUCUUAAGGCAGUCUAAGAUUCACUGCCCUUGGCCUCUUACAGGAGACACCUGAUGCAGCUGGUGGGAGUUGCAAGGGGCACCAGGUCAAGAGACCAGAUGCCUUUGUUUUUGAGGUGCACAACAGAGAUUUUUCUCUUUUUCAGAAAGCUAUGAUUGAAAACAACCUCUGACUUUUUCCUUUGAGGGAGGAAAUAGGAUGACUGUUAUUUUGUUUUUUCUAUGUAACUGUCUGCUACUAUCCAUGGACUCCUCACUAUCAUUUGGGGGCUCUCUAUAUAUGUUUAAAAUACAGCAAGCAGUAUAGUACAAGUGACCUAAAUAGCUAUUUCCAAGUUUCUCUUUCCUAAUGGCUUGUUCCCUAUGACUCCUUUGGGGAAGAGCCUGAUAAGUCCAAGAUUUUGUUGGCUUUUUAUUUUUAAAGCAGCUCUUUUGUUUUUGCCACAGGAGUGGAGACAGCCCUAAAUACACAUCUUUUCCUAAAUAAAACUGAACAAUUUAAUAAGAAAGUUAAUACCAAGGUAAUCCAAUCUUGAAUGGAAUUCUGAGCCUUUUGUUAGGUCCCGUGACAGGUUGUCAACUUGGCUGUUACAGAAAUCCUCUUUAUUAAAACUGGAGGCUGUUUGGGCAUUUUUUUGUCAUUCAACAUAUGAAAUGGGUUAGAAGUGGCAAAAAGACCUACUAGUCAUUACCUUUGUAGAAAAAGAAUGUCUUGUGCCUUAGGGUAACUAAAGAGGCUGAAAACUCAGUUAGGGGUUGAGUUCCUGGGCUUCCUUGCAGUGCUGAGCAUCUCACUGGCUAUUUAGGAUGAGUUCUGAACUAAAUAUUUUUGGCUGUCAUUAUUCACCCUUCUCCCCCCCCCCCCC